GUGUGUGUGUGUCGUGUCGCCGACAUCCAAGUAACAUCUCGCAUGCUUCCAGGGAGACGCUGACAAGAGCAGGUGCGUAGGUGAGUGAGGCCAUUACACCCUCCAAGAUGGUGGCUUUGUCGCUGAAGAUCUGUGUGCGCCAGUGCAAUGUGGUGAAGACCAUGCAGUUCGAGCCGUGCACGCCUGUGUACGACGCCUGCAGGAUCAUCCGAGAACGUGUCCCCGAGGCCCAGUCAGGACAAGCCUCAGAUUAUGGUCUGUUCCUCUCCGACGACGAUCCCAGGAAAGGAAUCUGGUUGGAGUCCGGGAGAACCCUGGAUUUCUACAUGCUGAGAAACGGAGAUGUUUUGGAGUACAAGAAGAAACAAAGGCCGCUGAAGAUCAAAAUGCUCGAUGGAGCCGUGAAGACCAUCAUGGUGGACGACUCCAAAACUGUGGGGGAGCUGCUGGUCACCAUCUGCAGCAGGAUAGGAAUCACCAACUAUGAGGAGUACUCGCUCAUCCAGGAGGUGCCGGAGGACAAGAAGGAGGACAAUAUGGCAACGCUGAAGAAAGACCGAACGCUGCUGCUCAGAGAUGAGAGGAAGAUGGAGAAGCUCAAAGCCAAGCUGCAUACAGAUGACGAUUUGAACUGGCUGGACCACAGCAGGACCUUCAGAGAGCAGGGAGUGGAGGAAAGUGAGAUGCUGCUGCUCAGACGCAAGUUCUUCUACUCGGACCAGAACGUGGACUCGCGGGACCCUGUUCAGCUCAACCUGCUUUAUGUCCAGGCCAGGGAUGACAUAUUGAAUGGAUCCCACCCUGUUUCCUUUGACAAAGCCUGUGAGUUUGCGGGGUUCCAGGCUCAGAUCCAGUUUGGACCCCACGUGGAGCACAAACACAAGCCUGGAUUUCUGGACCUGAAGGAGUUCCUGCCUAAAGAAUACAUCAAGCAACGAGGAUCGGAGAAGAAAGUAUUCCAAGAUCAUAAAAACUGCGGCGAGACGACCGAGAUCGAGGCCAAAGUGAAGUAUGUGAAACUGGCCAGAUCUCUGCAGACAUACGGGGUGUCCUUCUUCCUGGUGAAGGAAAAGAUGAAAGGUAAGAAUAAGUUGGUGCCGCGCCUGCUGGGGAUCACCAAAGAGUCGGUGAUGCGAGUGGACGAGAAGACUAAAGACGUGGUGCAGGAGUGGCCGCUGACGACUGUCAAAAGAUGGGCCGCCUCCCCCAAGAGCUUCACCCUGGACUUUGGCGAGUACCAGGAGAGUUACUACUCUGUCCAGACUACGGAGGGAGAACAAAUAUCUCAGCUCAUUGCCGGAUAUAUCGACAUUAUUCUGAAAAAGAAGCAGAGUAAAGAUCGCUUUGGCCUUGAGGGAGACGAGGAGUCCACCAUGUUGGAGGAAUCGGUUUCUCCAAAGAAGUCCACCAUUCUACAGCAGCAGUUUAACCGGGUGGGCCGGGUGGAGCACGGCUCAGUCGCCCUCCCUGGGAUUAUUCGCUCAGGGUCUGUUGGUGGCCCUGACAACUUCAACGUGGGCACCAUGCCCUCUGCUCAGCAACAAAUCACCACUGGACAGAUGCACAGAGGACACAUGCCGCCACUGAGUUUGGCCCAGCAGGCCCUGAUGGGAACAAUCAACAGCAGUAUGAAGGCGGUGCAGCAGGCCCAGUCUGACCUGGGACAUGUGGAUAGUCUUCCUCCUCUUGGCCAUGACCUGGCAUCCCGGGUUUGGGUCCAGAACAAAGUGGAUGAAUCCAAACAUGAAAUUCACUCUCAGGUCGACGCCAUCACGGCUGGAACGGCGUCCGUGGUCAAUCUUACUGCAGGUGAGCCCACAGAGACGGACUACACGGCGGUGGGUUGCGCCAUCACCACCAUCUCUUCCAACCUGACGGAGAUGUCCAAGGGCGUGAAGCUCCUGGCGGCGUUAAUGGACGACGAGGUGGGCAGUGGACACAAGCUGAUGGGGGCUGCCAGGAUGCUGGCGGGAGCUGUGUCAGAUCUACUCCGAUCUGUUGAGCCUGCCGCUUCUGAGUCCAGGCAGACCGUGCUGACUGCGGCAGGAAGUAUCGGACAAGCCAGCGGGGACCUGCUCCGACACAUGGGGGAGGGCGAGACUGACGAGAAGUUCCAGGACACCCUGAUGAACCUGGCCAAAGCAGUGGCCAAUGCAGCUGCGAUGUUGGUUCUGAAGGCCAAGAACGUGGCCCAGGUGGCCGAGGACACCAUAUUGCAGAACCGCGUGAUAGCGGCCGCCACUCAGUGUGCCCUGUCCACCUCCCAGCUGGUCGCCUGCACCAAGGUGGUGAGUCCAACCAUCAGCUCGCCAGUGUGCCAGGAGCAGCUGGUGGAGGCUGGAAAGUUGGUGGAGCGCUCUGUGGAGACCUGUGUGAAAGCCUGCCGCUCAGCCAGCGACAAUGGCGAGCUGCUGAAGCAGGUCGGCGCGGCUGCCGGCGUGGUGAGCCAGGCCCUCAACGACCUCCUGCAGCACGUCCGCCAUUACGCCAGCUGCGGCGAGCCCAUCGGGCGCUACGACCAGGCCACCGACACCAUCAUGAACGUCACGGAAAACAUCUUCACGUCGAUGGGUGACGCCGGUGAGAUGGUGCGCCAGGCCCGAGUCCUCGCACAAGCCACCUCGGACUUGGUGAACGCCAUGAGAUCCGACGCCGAGGCAGAAGUGGACGUGGACAACUCCAAAAAGCUGCUGGCUGCAGCAAAACUGCUGGCUGAUGCCACCGCUCGCAUGGUGGAAGCCGCCAAGGGGGCCGCUGCUUACCCGGAGAACGAAGACCAGCAGCAGAGGCUUAGAGAGGCGGCGGAGGGUUUGCGUGUUGCUACUAAUGCUGCUGCUCAGAAUGCAAUAAAGAAAAAGCUGGUCAGCAGGCUGGAGAUAGCUGCCAAGCAGGCGGCCGCCGCAGCGACUCAAACCAUCGCCGCUGCUCAAAAUGCUGCAGCGUCGAACAAAAACACAAUGUCACACCAACAGCUCGUGCACAGCUGCAAGGCGGUAGCAGAUAGCAUCCCUCAGUUGGUCCAAGGCAUGAGGAGCAGCCAAGCCCAACCUGAAGAGCUGGGGGCCCAGCUGGCCCUUAUCAUGGCCAGCCAGAGUUUUUUGCAGCCCGGCAGUAAAAUGGUGGUGUCUGUCAAGUCAGCAGUUCCGACGGUGGCUGACCAGGCGGCAGCCAUGCAAUUGGGCCAGUGUGCCAAGAAUCUAGCGACCUGCUUGGCAGAGCUCAGGACGGCCGCCCAGAAGGCCCAUGAAGCGUGCGGCCCUCUGGAGAUCGACUCGGCCCUCAAGACGGUCCAGACGCUAAAAUGCGAGCUGCAGGACGCCAGGAUGUCUGUCAUUGACAGCCAACUCAAACCUCUCCCCGGGGAAACGUUGGAGAAGUGUGCUCAGGAUUUGGGGAGCACGUCCAAGGCCGUGGGCUCGUCCAUGGCCCAGCUGCUGACGUGUGCCGCGCAGGGCAAUGAACAUUACACAGGUGUGGCCGCCAGAGAAACGGCGCAGGCUUUAAGGACGUUGGCACAAGCAGCCCGAGGUGUAGCAGCCAGCACCAAGGAGCCUCAAGCUGCAGCUGCAAUGCUGGACUCAGCCCAGUGUGUCAUGGAGGGCUCCUCCAUGCUCAUUCACGAAGCCCACCAGGCCCUGGUUCAUCCGGGAGAUGCGGAAAGCCAGCAGAGACUUGCACAGGUGGCCAAAGCCGUGUCGCACUCGCUGAAUAAUUGUGUGAACUGCCUGCCGGGCCAGAAGGACGUUGACAUGGCUCUCAGGAGCAUUGGAGAAGCCAGCAAAAAGUUGUUGGUGGACAUUCUUCCCCCCUGCAGUAAGACGUUCCAGGAAGCCCAGACUGAUCUGAACCACACAGCCGCCGAGCUCAACCACUCCGCAGGCGAGGUCGUCCACUCCUCGCGGGGAACCAGCAGCCAGCUGGCCUCCGCCUCCGGCAAGUUCAGCCAAGACUUUGACGAGUUCCUUGAUGCCGGCGUGGAGAUGGCAGGACACACCCAAAGCAGGGACGAUCAGAUUCAAGUCAUUGGCAAUCUGAAGAACAUCUCCAUGGCGUCCAGCAAACUGCUGCUGGCUGCCAAGUCUCUGUCUGUGGAUCCAGGUGCAGCCAAUGCCAAGAAUCUUCUUGCAGUAGCGGCAAGGGCCGUCACAGAGAGUAUCAACCAGCUGAUCACACUGUGCACACAGCAGGCUGCAGGACAAAGGGAGUGUGACAACGCCUUGAGGGAGUUGGAGGCUGUCAGAGGACUUCUAGAUAAUCCCAGCGAGCCCAUCAGCGAACUGUCCUACUUCGACUGUAUCGAGAGCGUCAUGGAAAAUUCAAAGGUCCUUGGAGAGUCCAUGGCAGGCAUCUCUCAGCAUUGCAAGACAUGCGACGUGGUGGCUUUUGCCGACUGUGUAGGUGUGGCGUCCAAAGCUCUCUGCGGACUGACAGAGGCCGCAGGACAGGCCUCGUAUCUUGUAGGUGUGUCGGAUCCCAACAGUCAGUCAGGCCAUGAGGGACUGGUGGACCCCAUCCAGUUUGCACGGGCACACCAAGCGAUACAGAUGGCUUGUCAGAGCUUAGUGGACCCAACUAGUAGUCCCUCGCAGGUCUUGUCUGCGGCCACCAUUGUGGCCAAGCACACGUCAGCGUUGUGCAACGCCUGCCGCCUCGCCUCCUCCAAGACCUCCAACCCCGUGGCUCGUAGACAGUUUGUCCAGUCGGCCAAAGAGGUGGCCAACACCACCGCCAACUUGGUCAAGACCAUCAAGGUCAACUCCCCAACUGAUCAAAACGUUGAGUGUGAAUUUGUUACGGCUUCAGAUGGGGAUUUUUCGGAAGAGAACAGAAACAGGUGCCGUGUUGCUACCGCCCCCCUCCUGGAGGCUGUGGAAAACUUGUCAACCUUUGCCAACAACCCGGAUUUUGCCAGCAUCCCAGCUCAGAUCAGCAACGAGGGUGCAGUAUCCCAGGAGCCGAUAGUCCGUUCAGCGCGCUCUAUGCUUGAUAGCUCCACUUACCUCCUAGAAACGGCCAGGUCGCUGGUCCUCAACCCCAAAGACCCGCCCACUUGGUCUAUACUCGCUGGUCACUCCAGAACAGUAUCCGACUCCAUCAAGAGCCUCAUCACUUCUAUCAGGGACAAGGCGCCAGGACAGAAGGAGUGUGAUUACUCAAUAGAUAGCAUCAAUAAAUGUAUCCGGGACAUUGAGCAAGCUUCCCUGGCUGCGGUUGGACAGACGCUGCCCUGCAGAGAUGAUAUCUCUAUGGAAGCCCUGCAGGAACAGCUGACUUCAUCCGUGCAGGAGAUUGGCCACCUGAUUGAUCCCGUCUCCACGGCCGCCCGGGGUGAAGCCGCCCAGCUGGGACACAAGGUGACUCAGCUGGCCGGCUACUUUGAGCCACUCGUCGUCGCAUCAGUAGGUCUGGCCUCCAAGCUGCACGACCACCAACAGCAAAUGACCAUUCUGGAUCAGACCAAGACCCUGUCCGAGUCUGCCUUGCAGAUGCUUUACGCUGCCAAGGAAGGUGGCGGCAACCCAAAGGCAUCCCACACUCAUGACGCCAUCUCCGAAGCCGCACAGCUGAUGAAGGAGGCGGUGGACGACAUCAUGGUGACUUUGAACGAGGCAGCCAGCGAGGGGGGCAUGGUCGGGGGCAUGGUGGAGUCCAUCGCCGAGGCCAUGGGCCGGCUGGAUGAAGGAACACCUCCUGAACCAGACGGCUCUUUUGUGGACUACCAGACCACGAUGGUGAAGUUCUCCAAGGCCAUCGCCAUCGUGGCACAAGAGAUGAUGACCAAGUCAGUGACGUGUCCAGAAGAGCUUGGCGGCCUGGCCUCUCAGGUGACGGUGGACUAUGGGCAGCUGGCACACCAGGGACGCCUCGCCGCAGCCACAGCAGAACCUGAAGAGGUGGCUUUCCAGAUCAAGACCCGUGUACAAGAGCUGGGACACGGCUGCAUCUACCUGGUCCAGAAAGCUGGCGCCCUGCAGCUCAGCCCUACAGACAGCUUCUCUAAAAGGGAACUCAUUGAGUGUGCUCGUGCCGUCACGGAAAAGGUGUCCUUGGUGCUGUCGGCGCUGCAGGCGGGCAACAAAGGCACCCAGGCCUGCAUUACAGCAGCCAGCGCCGUGUCUGGCAUCAUCGCUGACCUCGACACGACCAUCAUGUUCGCCUCGGCGGGAACGCUGGACCCCGAGAAUGACGAGUCCUUUGCUGACCACAGGGAGAGCAUUUUGAAGACGGCCAAGGCACUGGUGGAGGACACCAAGCUGCUGGUCGCUGGAGCCGCAUCCAGCCAGGAGAAGCUGGCCCAGGCUGCCCAGUCCUCCGUGAAGACCAUCACCCAGCUCACGGAGGUGGUCAAACUGGGAGCGACUAGCAUGGGUUCAGAAGAACCUGAAACACAGGUGGUUCUGAUAAACGCGGUGCGCGACGUGGCCAAGGCCCUGGCCGAACUCAUCAGUGCCACCAAGUGUGCCGCCGGCAAACCCGCUGACGACCCGUCCAUGUAUCAGCUGAAAGGCGCUGCCAAGGUCAUGGUGACCAACGUGACGUCGCUUCUGAAAACGGUGAAGGCAGUGGAGGAUGAAGCCACUCGCGGGACGAGGGCGCUGGAGGCCACCAUUGAGUGCAUCAAGCAGGAGCUGACAGUGUUCCUGUCCAAGGAGGUUCCGGACAAGUCCGCCACACCUGAGGAGUUCAUCCGUAUGACGAAGGGCAUCACCACGGCGACGGCCAAGGCGGUGGCAGCGGGGAACUCCGCUCAGCAGGAGCACGUGAUCGCCACCGCCAACCUGAGCCGCAAAGCCAUCUCUGACAUGCUGACGGCCUGCAAGAAAGCAGCACACCACCCGGAAGUGAGCGAGGAAUUAAAGUGCAAGGCCCUCCAGUACGGCUCAGAAUGCACCACGGGAUACAUCAACCUCUUGGAACAAGUUUUACAGGUGGUGCAGAAGCCCACUCUGGAGCAGAAGCAGCAGCUGGCUGUCCACUCCAGACACGUGGCAGGGUGUGUGACGGAGCUCAUCCAGACAGCCGAGGCCAUGAAAGGAUCCGAGUGCGUGGACCCCGAGGACCCCACCGUCGUGGCAGAGAGCGAGCUCCUCGGAGCCGCCGCCUCCAUUGAAGCGGCGGCCAAGAAACUGGAGCAGCUGAAGCCCAGAGCCAAGCCCAAGCAGGCCGAUGAGACGCUUGAUUUCGAAGAGCAGAUUCUAGAAGCCGCCAAGUCCAUCGCCGCAGCAACCAGCGCUCUUGUCAAGUCGGCAUCAGCGGCUCAGCGGGAGCUGGUGGCCCAGGGCAAGGUGGGAUCCAACAUAGCCAACGCGGUGGAUGAUGGCCAGUGGUCCCAGGGCCUCAUAUCCGCUGCUCGCACGGUCGCCGCCGCCACCGGCAACCUGUGUGAGGCGGCCAACGCCUCGGUGCAGGGCCACGCCAGCGAGGAGAAGCUCAUCUGCUCGGCCAAGCAGGUCGCCGCCUCCACAGCUCAGCUCCUGGUGGCCUGCAAGGUGAAGGCUGACCAGGAUUCUGAAGCUAUGCGGAGACUGCAGGCCGCCGGCAACGCGGUGAAGCGAGCCUCCGACAACCUGGUGAAGGCGGCUCAGAAGGCAGCCUUCGACAAGUCCGAGGACGACAGCGUGGUGGUCAAAACCAGAUUUGUCGGCGGCAUCGCUCAGAUCAUAGCGGCUCAAGAAGAGAUGCUGAGGAAGGAGCGCGAGCUGGAGGAAGCCCGCAAGAAGCUGGCUCAGAUCCGACAGCAGCAGUAUAAAUUCCUGCCGAGCGAGCUGAGGGAGGACGAAGGUUGAGCAACGGCGGAGACGGCCGCCCUCUUCCACGCCGGUGUCGGCGAGGACUGUACCGCACUUGAAACAGGCCCCCUUUUGGUAAGACAAGCAAGUGCCUGUGCUUUGUCGCGGAUUUGUGUGCGAGUGCGUGAGUGUGUGAUUGUGCUCAUUUAUGAUACAACAAUGAAGAGUGCACAAGUUGUACAUUUAUAAUUGUUACUGAAUGUUUUUAUAGUCGCCAAGCGAGUAAUACUGAUGAUGGUGGCAGAGCGUCUCUGUUCGACAAGGACCAAAACCGAGGCAGGGAGGGCAUUCUUCACCUUGGCUUGCAUGCUCCAUCCAACCUUUGCAUAUCAAUGAAGCUACCAACCAAUAGCAGGAUGGCACUUGUUACAUAGGAUCAAUGCAAACAUAGACAGGAAUUAUAUUCAGGCAAAUAUUUAUUCUACAUUGAUAUUUUAAAUGGGCAAUACAUUUACCUUCAAGUGUGGGGAAAGCAAAUGAUCUACUUGUGUAAACGUUCACUUCAUCUUUAGAAACUUUUGUUUUCCAACUUUGAAAUAGCCAACAUGUUUUGUUGCGUGGAUACAGUGGAACCUCAAAGCUAACCUUUAACCUUUAAAUAGUCUUGGAUUGAUCAGUGAUUCUCAAACUAGAUUCUCAAAGAAUCCCUUAAUCAAAUAUUCCAACACAGUGUUACUGUUCAAACUGCGUGUAAUGUUACAGUGGCCCAAAUUUUAAAUAUACCGUAUUUUCCGUACCAUACGGCGCACCGGAUUAUGAGGCGCACCGCCGAUGAAUGCUCUGUUUUCGAUCUUUUUUCAUAUAUAAGGCGCACCGGAUUAUAAGGCGCAUUAAAGGAGUCAUAUUAUUAGGGUCCGCCUGUACCCUGUACAAAGGACUCCCACAGGGAGUCCUCUGUACAUGGACAAAGGACACUAUUGUUAUUGUAAGGUUUAUUAUUAUUAUUCCGCAGCUUUGCGCACUACUUUGCCCCCCUUAACAGGCUUCAAAACUCACCAAAUUUGACACACACAUAGAAAAACGUGCCCCAACCACUUUAGUAAAAAAAACCUAAAAAAAAUUGCGCUCUAGCGCCCCCUAGGAAGAAAACUGCCUGUAACUCCCAGUACGAAUGUCGUAGAGACAUGAAACAAAAACUUCUAUGUAGGUCUCACUUAGACCUACAUUUCAUAAUUUAAAAUCCUUGGGCAAAAACCAACAGGAAGUUUGCAAUUUCCCCUUCAAGACAAAAAAUGAGUAAAAACACUAAUUUUUGCCUCUUUGACCUAUAAUUUGUCCCCCUUAAAAUACUUCAAAACUCACCAAAAUUCUUACACACAUCGGGACUGGUGGAAAUUGCGAUCUAAAAAAAAAACCGAACCCCAAAACUCAAAAUUGCGCUCUAGCGCAAUUUUUGAAUAAAACAGAGACAAAACUGCUUUUUAGAGGAAAACUCAGACAAAACUGCUUAUAACUUAGAAACGUCUUAGAGACAUGAAACAACAAACGUCUUAGAGACAUGAAACAAAAACCUCUAUGUAGGUCUCACUUAGACCUACAUUUCAUAGAUUGACAUCCUUCAGCAAAAAUCAACAGGAAGUUUGCAAUCUCCCCUUCAAAACUAAAUUUUUUGUAAAAAAACGGUCACCAAACAUCAAACAUUAUCUCCUCUGAGCGCGUUUGUCGCUUCGGCUUCAAACUACCACAGGAGAGAGAUUGAACCCUUCUGAUUGACGGAUACUCAAAGAGUUUGGAUAAGUGCUACGGUUUUGAUUUUACGCGCCUUCAAAGACCUGCUGCGCUAACGCUGCUGUGAUUUUACGAGCCUUAAUAGAACCACUGUUCCACUGCGCUGAUGUCAACAAAAGUAUUGGGACACUUAGGACUAACAGUAGACAAAUGUUUUUGGACACUUAGGACUAGCACCUGCCAAAUAUGCGGGCCCGACCAACGCUGCUUGCAGCUUUAAUUAUUUUUGUUUUCUAAAUGUAAAAGACUUCCUUCUGGUCUACAUAACAUGUAAUGGUGGUUCUUUGCUCAAAAUGUUCAAGUCACUUUCUGACAGUCGCUUCAGGGUGCGCCGUUUUGUGGGCGGUCUUAUUUACGUGCCUCCACUUGGACAGCGUCUUCUCCCCCGUCAUCUUUGUUGUAAUGGUGUAGCGUGCAAGGACGGGAGUGGAAAAAGUGUCAAAAGAUGGCGCUAACUGUUUUAAUGACAUUCAGACUUUACUUCAAUCAAUAACGGAGCAGCAUCUCCUCAUCCGUGGCUCACUAGUGCAACAACAACGCCCGGAAUGUGUCCCGACCGGAACUCUCUAAUAACUAAAGUUCCUUGGGUGAAUAAUGUAAACUCACUACACCGGUAUGUUUUAGCGCUUUCAUGGCGAGUUUACUGACAGAUAUAAGUAAGAACUUUUCACUACUUUAUAUUAGAAAUGGCAACAGUGGAGGAUGAAUGUCACAUAACAAGAAGAUAGAGAAAAAGAAGAAGCUUAUCGACAACAAAGGCGUUCUCGCGCACAUUUUCAGUACUUAUGCAGAUCCCAAAUACAGAUCAGCAGGUACCAGAAGGUAAGAAAAGUUGGUUUUGCCUAAUAUUGUGCAACAAAACGCCAGAUAAUAUGUCUUACCUUAUACACACACCAUAAUAAUACUCCUAUGUUGAAGCACAGUACAAUCCAUCAAGCGGUGUGGCUUGAUGGAUUUGGCUAUGUUGAAGCCAAAGAAAAAGCCAACAUUGAGUGUGACGUUUGAGGCAUGUUGUAUUUAACAACUGUCCAACCGCAGCUUCAGAGGUUCCACUGUAUUUAAAUGAAAUGCAUAACGUUUGCUUUAGACCUCCAGCAAAAUGUAUGAAAGAAAGAAGUAGUUGAUACAAUGCUGACCAGCAAUAUGUUGUCGAUGGUAAAGAGAGUUAUAUUCUAUUCCAAGUGGUCUGCUGUGCAGCUAAAAUAAGAGCAAUGUAUACUUGCUGCAUGCGGAAAUAUUCAUCUCACUUUCUUUUUACUGCCAUAACAUUUCUUUGAUUUAAUGAAAACAAAUCUAUUUUAAACAUGUACCGAAAAAUAUGUGCAACAUUUCCAUGAGAAUGUUCUCGUUUUGCAUCCCUGGCAUGUUCAGUGUCGCGCAGAAGUAUCAACACUGGAGUUUAUUUCUUAUACCUGGGCGAACAUUUCAGAAAAAGAACAUUUAUCCGCUUGAUGCUAGGGUUUUAAAUAGGGAUGGCCGAUAAUACCGAUAUUAUCGGCCGAUAAAUGCAUUAAAAUGUAAUAUCGGAAAUUAUCGGUAUCGUUUUUUUUAUUAUCUGUAUCGGGUUUUUUUUGUUUGUUUUGGGGUUUUUUUAUUAAAUUAACAUAAAAAACACGAGAUACACUUACAAUUAGUGCACCAAUCCAAAAAACCUCCUUCCCCCCAUUUCUUUCUGUUAUCAAUAUUCUGGUUAUAUUAUAUAUCAAUAUAUAUCAAUACAGUCUGCAAGGGAUAUUAUCGGCCGAUAAAUGCGUUAAAAUGUAAUAUCGGAAAUUAUCGGUAUCGU